CCCAUUAACUUUGUUGGUAUCUCAAGCACCAAAAACAAUGCAAAUGCAACAAACUCAGCAAGCCACCGCGGCAACUAUCUCAACCCCCACUCCUCCUCCCUCUUCCCCCGGUGGCCCCACGGCCGAGGCACCGCCAAAGCAAGUUGCUGUAGCAAUGGAAAAACUCGGACAAGCCGAAAGAAUCAUCGCCGACAUCAGAAUUGGCGCCGAUCGCCUCCUUGAAGCUCUUUUCAUUUCCGCCGGACAGCCUCACCAAGGCAGCAAGCCUUUACAAGUGUUCCUCAAAGAAAAUGCUUGCAUGCAACAGCAUUUCCAAGAGCUUCGAUCCCUAGGAAAGGAGCUUGAAGAAGCUGGAGUUCUCAGUGAAUCGGCUCGAACGCGGAAGGAUUUUUGGGGUCUGCAUAUGCCGCUGGUUUGCCCAGACGGCGCAGUCGUAGCUUAUGCCUGGAAGCGACAACUUGCCGGUCAAGCUGGUGCUUCUGCCGUUGACAGGACAAGGUUAGCUCUCAAAGCUUUUACUGAUCAGAAAAAACGUUUUUUCCCCCAUCUUGAAGAUGGAAUUGAAACUAAUGAAUCUGCUUCGAAGAAACAAUGUGGGUCUGAAGAAGUUGCAUUUGAACCUAAGGAAGACAUGAGUUUUCUGAGGUUGCUACCAGAUGUUCUGAAGUCAGUGGAAAAGGAAGUGCCAAAUGUGAAAAUUUCAACUUUUGAACGUCUGGACUGGUUAAGAAGAGCUUCCACACUCGCCUCUGUAACUAAUGAGAGUUCUCAAGAACAGGACUAUCAUGGUUCUAAUAAGCCAAGGCUAGGAUCAAUUGGAAUAGUUGAUCCAGAGAAGGUUGCAGUGAUAGAAUUGUUGUCUCCAUCUAUCUUCAGAGCUGUUAUAUCCUUGCAUCCUGCUGGGUCUGCUAAUGCUGAUGCUGUGGCUUUCUUUUCUCCCGAUGAGAAUGGAAGCUAUGUGCAUGCAAGGGGGAUUUCAGUUUAUCAUGUGUAUAGACAUACUACGGAGUAUGCAACAAUAGCUCUGCAGUAUUUUCUUGGCAACCAAGCUGAAACAUCGCUGUAUUCUCUAUUGCACUGGAUUUGUAGUUACCAGACCAUGUUAUCAAGACCAUGCAGAAAAUGUUCAAAGCUACUUGCCAUGGAUGAACAAUCAAAUUUGUUGUUACCUCCAGUUCACCGGCCCUAUUGGAAGUUUUCCCUUUCAAAAAUUUUGUCAGCCAUAUCUUCAAAGGACCAGCAUUCAGAUACUACUAUGGCUUAUCAUAUUGGCUGCCUCUCUGGGGAAGUAUGAUUACACUGACCAUUUUAAUAUAGGAAACAAAAGAGCACAUGGUCUGUUGUGAAAGAUUGAUUUUUUGGAUGCCGGAAAGUGAACCUCACCUUGACAUUGAUCAUUGCAUGCCACAUGACAAAACUAUAAGAACAUCAUGAGCUUUAUGUCUGCCAGAUGGAAAUGCCAGCUGAUUGUAUUUUUCAAAGAAUCUGUCAGCAUGUGAAACACUAUUAUGACAUAACCAUGUUUCAUUUUUUAGAAUGAUGCUCCUUACGCAUCUCUAUCUUCUCUGUAAGUUCCAUCCAUGUAUAAUAGAGAAUAGUUCAAGGGGGCCAACAGAGAAUCUGAGAUUGAGUUGAGGCACAUGUAAAGCUAAAAGAUAGUGUUGCGCUGUUAUUGAAAGCUGCAUUUGUGGUCC